ACGAAACUUCUCUUGAUUAAUAAUAUAUUCUCUCGACUUCCCUAGGUGCCAAUAACAAUCUUGCAGUAACCCUAGGGUUCGCGUCAGUGCAACGAUUCCCAUUGUGGAAGGUUCCAAUCUACAUAUUAUCACAAAUGUUGGGAGGAAUUAUAUCUGCUGCUUUUGUUUAUGCCAUAUAUCACGGUAUGUACUGUAUGAAAUACGUCUCGAUAUAUAACACCGAGCAGGGGGCAUGAUGACCAAGGGGACACCCCCCCCCCCGCGUUGUAACAACGAAAGCCUGGUAAAACUAGAAUUUUAAUGGUGAGGGAUUCAACUACCUGAAAAAUACAAGCAAAAUUUCGACGUUUCGAGCGAAGACCUUCUUCGGGAAGUUAGAGAGUUGUCUGCAUUAGAGAGGUGUCCGUAUUAGAAAGAUGCCGGUAUUAGAGAGAUGUCAGUAUUAGAGAGGUAUCCAUAUUAGAGAGAUGUCUGUAUUAGAGAGGUGUCCAUAUAACAAAAGUGGUACCAACUUCCCGAUUUUCACUAUUUAAAUGUCAUGGUUCGAGGUCCAAAAUUGCGUUGCGAAUUGCAGCAAAAAAUUGCCUCUUGUAACACGGCUUUUACUAUAUUGAGUCAACAUUGUUGACACACUAAAUUCGCAUCCCAUAUAUUAUUUCUCAAAAUGCGCCCUCCAGGCCAAAUGGUUAACGUUUGUGCCAUUACUAUUCAAAAUAUUGCUUAAGUAUCGUUAACACAACGUAUUACGUCAUUAUUUAGAUGCAAUUGAGGAGUAUGAUGACGGAACUCGACAGGUUCUCGGCCCGAAAGGCACGGCGGGAAUAUUUGCAACAUACCCGCACGAAUUUGUCAGCAACAUGACAGGCUUUUGGGACCAGGUAUUUGAGAUCAAUAAUUUUAAUAGAAUAGCUUCAGUAAAUGAUUUUCUAGAUACGAAACCUUUUAUCAUCUUACAAGAAGGUUUAAGGAGUUUGGAAUGUAUUUCUUAUUAAACUUCAUCUUGUCUUUAUAAUAUGGUACCAAGCCGGUAUGGUUAAGCGAGAUUCCGCUUGUAUUAUCUGCAGUCUUGGUUAUCUGCAGUAUUUCCAAUAUCAACGGAACUAUCCAGGCUGCAUGCCCCACCUAACCUAGUCGAGUGUUGAUGUUUUGUUCACACAAUAUAAUAUUGCAUGAAAAUGGCAUUUUCUGCAUGGAAAGAUUUCGAUCCCCAAAGUACUCUAUGAUUGUCUUUGUGGCUUAUGACAGUGAAAGUCCAAACCAGAAGAUGAAAGCCGAAGUGACUGAUAGACCUUUAUAAUUUCAGACCUUUAUAAUUUGUGCACGAAUAUAUCUUUCUUUGACCUUGGCCGCAAUCACAAUCCUAUCCCAACCCUAUGUUGAUCGAAGCACAAGAAUAAAACCUAACUUUAUAAAAACCCUAACAAUUUUACACAUAUUUCUGUGUGCAGCCUUAUUUAUCUAUUAAUAAAACCGGGAAUGCUUCUUUUCCCUUGAAAAAAAGUGUCUUGUUUUCACGUGGUCUUGUUUUCACGUGAAAACAUUUAAGAAUGCAUGUGACUGCAUUCUUAGACGUCGUGAAAUCGAUAUCGUGAGAAUGGCGAUAUCUGAUUGGUCCGCGAGAAGUCAUGCCAAGAAGGCAUUCCUCCACGCAUGUAAACGCCACAAAAUACCUAACGCCACAUCCCAGUGGGAUUUACUAGGUAUCGUUGUGUGAAAUUAUACUCUGAUGAAGCACCUGUUAUGCAUGUUACUAGAAAUUUAAUUUGCACCCUACACCUCUUCAAGUAUGGCUGCCACUCAGAAGGUCACCUGCGUUUGGCUUAUAACAGAAAAUUUUAAUUUUCAGAAAAAUUAAGUUUGCAUGUUUUGGCAAAUUUGCGCAAUUUUCUCACAUUAUUUUAUUUAGCUAUUUUAUUUAUUUGUUUGUUUACUCAUAUUUACUUAUCUACUAACUUUGCAAAUAUAAGUUUGUAUAUUAUCCAGUAUUAUUUAUAUACAGUACGUAAAACAAUUAUUAAAAAAUGUCCGUGCAAUAUUUUUCAUUUUAUAGAACUGACAACAUCUUUUUGGGCAAGCUAAGAAUACAUGGUCAAACGAAAUUGAAUCUAUUUCUUGACGUGUAAUGUAAACUGUUGAUGAUAUAUUUUCAUAUGAAAAAUUCUAUGUACUUUUAAGAAGAUUUUAUACAUUCAAGAAUAAAAUGAGCAUUUCAUAUACAUUCGUGAUUAUUUUGUAUAUUUUCAAAACCCCUAUAAAAUAAUUGGUGAAAUGUGUUAUACUACUAUAUUUAAUUUACCCUUUUUCAAAUUUGCCAUUAGAAAUAACCUACUUCGAACCGCUUGUCCCAAAGCUGCAUGAGUGGGAAAAGUCUAUGAAUGUAAACAUUUAUAUAAUUCAUGCAUGAGCAUCAUGAAUAUGACCAUUCUUAUAAAUCUUACCUAUUGACUAAAAUAUUGCAUGAUUAAUAAUAAAUAAGAAAUAAUAAUAAUGAUUACUAAAAUACUAGAAUAUUACAACAGCUAAAGUUCGGAAAACAUAUUUUUUGUUCCUUCUUAAUUCAGAAGUAAUCAGAAAGCAUUUCUCUUAUAGCCUGAGAAAUCGCACUGCAAUUUUCGUGGUAGUAUACAUCCAUAUACGAUUUGCAACGACUUCUCACAUUUUAACCUUCAGCUACAGACCGACUUCAAGGCAUAUAAUUUUUAGUUUUAAAUUCCAAAAUCUUCAAAUUUUUGUAUGAACCCAGAUUUGACUAGAACUAUGUUUCCACUCAACGCAAUUGAACUUACGUGACCACCAUAUUCAAUCUCUAUGCGAUCUUCUUAGCAGAGGCAAAUAUCGUGAACACUGCACAGCCAAUGAUGCACACUCCAGCUACAACGUUGAAAUAUAGAGGCCAGCUUUGAGAGGUGGUUAAGACUUGACCAGAAAAAUAUAUAGCACCAAACAC